CCCCAAGUAAUGGAUUAUUUUCUUAUAAAAUAGAGAUUGUAUACAGAACAGAUAGAACUGAAAAAGGCAAAAAGGAAGAAAAAAGAGAGUCGAGAAACAAAGAUCAUCACCACCUAAAUUGGCUUCGAUUUCUCAAAUCUCUUUCCCUCACGUUCUGGUACUAAACCGAAGAAACAAAUUCUAUCCAAGCAAGCAGAAAGUGAGGGAAAAAUGUGCUCUGGAGACGGCGACUGCAGGCCUUUGGGCUUUCUACUGGGCCUCCCCUUUGCUCUUCUCUCCCUCCUUAUCUCCAUCGUCGGCGUUGUUAUCUGGAUCGUCGGAUUAUUGUUGACGUGCAUAUGUCCUUGUUGUUUGUGUCUGACGGUGAUCGUGGAGAUGGCUCUGGAACUGGUGAAGGCCCCAAUUCAUGUCAUGGAGUGGUUCACAUCUCAAAUCCCUUGUUAAUCUCAUUCUGAUGGUUAUUAAAAUUUAAAAAAAAGAAAAAAAAAGAAAAAGAGAACUUGUUUUUCUUUUCCAUUAGAUUCUUGUUGGGUUUUUAUAAUUCAUUGGCUUGCCUAUUUUCUUUUUGUUUAUAUGAAAUUUGCUUAAUCUGAUCAUUGUGGUGGUGACUUUGGUUUGGACUGGGGAAAAUUGGGUGGUGAUCGUCAACGUAACUGGUUUAUGCAAUUUUAACUUCUUCUUCUUCUUCUUAUUA